CCGAGCAUUUAGUUUCGCAGUAAUCUUUCCAAUUUUACUUUCUAAGUUUUUGCCGAUAUUUUUAGUGAAACUACCACUUAAAUCAGAAAAAAAGAAGUUAUUCGUGAUAGUGUACCAUCGUUGAAUUAAUUCUAAUCAAUCAAGAUGCCACGAAUAAUGAUAAAAGGUGGUGUCUGGCGAAACACCGAGGAUGAAAUCCUGAAAGCGGCUGUUAUGAAAUAUGGCAAAAACCAGUGGUCUCGAAUCGCCUCGCUGCUGCACCGUAAAUCUGCAAAACAAUGCAAGGCCCGCUGGUAUGAAUGGUUGGAUCCAAGCAUCAAGAAAACGGAAUGGUCCCGUGAAGAAGAUGAAAAGCUGCUUCAUUUGGCCAAGCUCAUGCCGACGCAGUGGCGCACCAUUGCACCAAUUAUUGGGCGCACAGCGGCCCAGUGCUUGGAACGGUACGAGUAUCUUCUGGACCAGGCCCAACGCAAAGAGGAAGGCGAAGAUGGCGGCAUGGACGAUCCGAGAAAGUUGAAACCCGGUGAAAUCGAUCCGAAUCCGGAAACAAAACCGGCUCGCCCGGAUCCGAAAGAUAUGGACGAGGACGAGUUGGAGAUGUUAUCGGAGGCGAGAGCUCGCUUGGCCAACACGCAAGGUAAGAAAGCGAAGAGAAAAGCUCGCGAGAAACAACUGGAAGAAGCUCGGAGAUUGGCUGCGUUACAAAAGCGUAGAGAAUUGCGUGCCGCCGGUAUUGGAUUGGGCAAUCGAAAACGGAAACUAAAAGGAAUUGAUUACAAUUCGGAAAUUCCAUUCGAGAAAGCACCGGCUCCGGGUUUCUACGAUACGUCUGAGGAACAUGUGGUUCCGAUUGCGGCGGAUUUUUCCAGUCUUCGACAGCAAAAUCUCGAUGGCGAACUUCGAACCGAAAAAGAAGCUCGCGAAAGGAAGAAGGACAAAGAAAAGAUCAAACAGAAGAAGGAAAAUGAUAUUCCACUGGCAAUGCUUCAGAAUCAGGAACCGGCAAAGAAACGAUCAAAACUGGUUUUGCCUGAGCCACAAAUCUCCGACCAAGAACUUCAACAAGUCGUCAAAUUAGGCCGAGCCAGUGAGAUAGCAAAAGAAGUAGCCUCCGAGUCCGGAGUAGAAACUACCGAUGCUCUUCUUGCCGACUACAGCAUUACUCCGCAGGUGACCAUGACGCCAAGAACUCCGGCUCCGGUUACCGAUCGUAUCCUACAAGAAGCUCAAAACAUGAUGGCCCUUACGCAUGUGGACACACCACUGAAGGGUGGGGCGAACACCCCCCUUAUCCAGUCGGAUUUUUCCGGAGCUUUGCCACAAAACCAAGUGGUAGCUACUCCAAAUACAAUUCUUGCCACACCGUUCCGCUCGGUGCGAGGACCAGAUGGAGCAGCCACUCCCAGUGGUUUCCUAACACCGGCUUCGGGUGCUUUAGUUUCUACUGGAGCUACUCCGGGUGGACCAGGACCAGGACCGGGAUUAACACCAAACUUUGUCCGAGAUAAACUGAACAUCAAUACGGAAGAAUCGUUGGCUGUUACCGAAACUCCGGCUGCUUACAAAAGCUAUCAAAAACAGCUGAAAUCAUCGCUAAAAGAGGAUCUUGCCUCUCUACCGGUGCCCAGAAAUGACUACGAAAUUGUAGUUCCGGAGAAUGAAUCCGAUGCGGCCAUGGACGAUGGUACCGACGGAGAUCGUCUCGUAGCCGAUCAAGCGGAUGUCGACGCUCGUAAAAGACAAGAACAGCAGGCUAAAGAAGCCAAAGAACUUUCUCUACGUUCGCAGGUCAUACAACGUGAGCUGCCACGUCCUCUCGACAUAAACAUGACUGUUUUGCGUCCAUCCAACGAAAUGCAAGGACUCACCGAGCUGCAACGGGCAGAAGAACUGGUGAAACAGGAAAUGGUAAAAAUGCUAAACUACGACGCAAUUCGCAAUCCUGUAAUCAAUCCACAAGCACCACCGACCAAAAAGAAUCCUUUGGCACAGCAUCUGGCCUACCUGGAACAGAAUCCCUAUGACGUUGUGGACGAAUCCGAUCUGAACAAAGCCAAAGAAAUGCUUCGGGAGGAAAUGACUGUCGUCAAGGCCGGAAUGGCCCACGGUGACCUGUCGCUGGAAAGUUACACCCAGGUCUGGCAGGAAUGUCUAUCGCAGGUACUGUACCUGCCUAGCCAGAAUCGGUACACACGAGCGAAUCUGGCAAGUAAAAAAGAUCGUAUCGAGUCCGCUGAAAAACGGCUCGAAAUCAAUCGAAAACACAUGGCCAAGGAAGCGAAACGUUGCGGAAAAAUUGAGAAAAAGCUAAAAAUUAUCACCGGAGGCUAUCAAGCCAGAGCCCAAGCGGUGAUCAAGCAAUUUCAGGACACCAACGAGCAAAUCGAACAGAACAAUUUGGCACUGUCGACAUUUAAAUUCCUUGCGUCCCAGGAGGACCUGGCGAUACCGAAACGAAUGGAAUCGCUGACGGAGGACGUGAUGCGACAAACCGAACGAGAGAAAACACUACAGAAACGGUACGCACAGUUGAUCGAAGAGUUCCGGGAGUUGUCCAGAGACGAACGUCCCAGAAUGCAGUACCCACAACAACCGCAGCAAAUCGUUGAAGUGUCCAAACAAAAUGGAAGCAAGGAACCGGAAAGACCUGAGGUCAGAGAGGAAGAUCAGGCAGUGGAAGAACCAGAGCCACAGGAGCCACCCCCGGAACAGAAUGACGAUGCUAUGGACUGUCAGGAGGAGGAGGAGGAGGAUGGUGAAGGUCAACAGGUCUACGAUGGGGGGCAAGAAUAAAAUAUACAGCUUUAAGGCAAUUUGUUCAAUGAUAAUCAUACAGUUGAGGAACUUUGUUUAGUAACGGUUAAUUAUGAAUAAACAUGAAUCCUAAGUGU